AAGGAGGAAAGGAAAUAAAAUACUCCAAGGCAAGGCAGGCAAGAGAGCGGCAGGGCAGGGGCACCCCCACAGGCCACAGUUCGCCCUCCUUCACCUACACACACACCCUCAUCUCCCACACCUUGCCUUGCUUUGUCCUCCGUCUGCGUCUCCGUCUCCAAUCUCCAUUUCCACCCACCACCAAACACCAGGCCAAAGGAUCCCCUCUCCUCUCGCCUCUCGCCUGCCGUCCCGACUAAGAGCACCAGCACAGCAGGAGCAGGGAGGAGGAAUCAUCAGGGCAGCAAGAUCCGAAUCCGAGCAGGAGGGGCAAGCAGCAUUUGUAGCCUCAGCUCAAUUGCAGCUGCUGCGGUUGGAUUGGAUCGGCCGCAAGGCAAGGCAAGGCGGCGGUGGUGGUGGUUGCAGAAGUGACGGUGAAGUUUUCCUCUUUCGUUGCUUCACCUGGGUCUGGCCAGCCCUGCCGCCUGAGGCUACCAACAUCUCCAGCUCCAUCUCUAUCUACCCUGCACUGCACGAACAGAGAGAGGGAGGGAGGGAGGGAGGGGGAAUUGCAGUGUAACCCAAGGAAAGGAACCAUGAUGGUGUGGCAGGCGGCGGCGGAGAAGGAGGAUUGAUCCAUUCAUUCAUCCACCCAUCUAUCCAUCUAUCCGUCGGUGGUGGUGGACUGGUGGUAGUGGCUGCUGUUAGUUACUCGCCACUCACCAUCCACCUCCUCUAGUCCUUUGCUUCACUCCUCCUCUUUCUAUCCUCCCCUGUCUUAUUGCCCUCCCUGUUCUUGGUGCUGCUUGCAUUGAGAAGACAGAGAAGAGAGAUACAAAGUGGUCGAUAAUUGUAUGGUCGUCGGUGGGCACGAUGACCAUGGAGCAUGGCGAGGAUUGCUGCGUCAAGGUGGCGGUCCACGUGCGCCCGCUCAUCGGCGACGAGAAGCUGCAGGGCUGUAAGGACUGCGUCGCCGUCGUGCCGGGCAAACCACAGGUCCAGAUCGGCAGCCACUCCUUCACCUUCGACCAUGUUUACGGCAGCACAGGCACGCCGUCGGCGGCCAUGUUCGACGAGUGCGUGGCGCCGCUGGUCGACGGCCUCUUCCAGGGGUACAACGCUACCGUGCUCGCGUAUGGCCAGACCGGAUCAGGGAAGACGUAUACCAUGGGGACUGCCUGCAAGGAGGGAUCGCAUAUCGGGAUCAUCCCACGAGCCAUGGCUGCGCUGUUUGACAAGAUUGAGAACCUGAAAAGCCAAGUGGAGUUCCAGUUACGCGUAUCGUUCAUCGAGAUUCUAAAAGAAGAGGUGAGGGAUCUGCUUGACCCUACUGCUGCUACUGUGGGCAAAGUUGAGAAUGGCAAUGGGCACGCAAAACUGUCUGUGCCAGGGAAACCCCCUGUGCAGAUCCGAGAGGCGUCAAAUGGAGUCAUAACGCUAGCUGGAUCGACUGAAGUGCAUGUCAGCACUCAGAAGGAAAUGACUGCAUGCCUUGAACAAGGUUCCCUGAGUCGUGCAACUGGAAGUACCAACAUGAACAACCAGUCAAGUCGUUCCCAUGCCAUCUUCACAAUCACAUUGGAGCAGAUGCGCAAAACAGAUCCCAUCAUGACUGCAGAUGGAAUGCCUAUUGAAGAGAUGAAUGAAGACUAUCUCUGUGCCAAACUGCAUUUAGUAGAUCUUGCUGGAUCAGAACGGGCUAAGAGAACGGGCUCAGAUGGCCUGCGCUUCAAGGAAGGUGUUCACAUCAACCGAGGACUUCUCGCUCUCGGCAAUGUCAUAAGUGCUCUUGGAGAUGAGAAAAAACGGAAAGAAGGCGCUCAUGUUCCUUAUCGGGACAGCAAACUCACUCGUCUUUUGCAGGACUCCCUAGGUGGAAAUAGCAAGACUGUCAUGAUAGCUUGCAUAAGUCCAGCAGAUAUUAAUGCUGAAGAGACAUUAAACACUUUGAAGUAUGCUAACCGGGCACGUAAUAUCCAAAAUAAACCAAUUGUUAAUAGAAAUCCUAUUGCUGAUGAGAUGAAAAGAAUGCGCCAGCAGAUUGAAUAUUUGCAGGCAGAGCUUGUUUCGGCUCGAGGAGGAAUCGCAUCAGAUGAUGUUCAGGGUCUCAGAGAGAGGAUUUCAUGGCUUGAACAAACAAAUGAAGACCUUUGCAGGGAACUAUAUGAUAUUCGCAGUCGGUCUCAAAAUGAUCCAUGUGAACCUGAAAUACAAAGAACUUUAAAUGGCUUUACGAAAAGCGAAGGGCUCAAAAGAAGCUUGCAAAGCACAGAUCCAUUUGAUGUCCCGAUGACUGACUCAGUAAGAGGCAACCCUAAGGAUAUUGAAGAUGAAGUAGCUAAAGAAUGGGAACACACAAUGCUGCAGGAUAGCAUGGGCAAGGAGUUGAAUGAAUUAAAUCGACAACUUGAGCAAAAGGAGUCUGAGAUGAAAAUGUACGGAUGUGAUACUGUUGCACUUAAGCAGCACUUCGGAAAGAAACUUAUGGAGCUUGAAGAAGAGAAAAGGGCAGUACAGCAAGAGAGGGAUAGAUUGUUGGCUGAAGUUGAAAGCCUAAAUGCUGAUGGCCAAACACAUAAACUCAGAGAUGCGCAACUGCAGAAACUAAAAUCCCUUGAAUCCCAGAUUCUAGACCUAAAGAAAAAGCAGGAGAACCAAGUUCAGCUUUUGAAGGAAAAACAAAAGAGUGAUGAAGCUGCUAAGAAACUGCAAGAAGAAAUUCAUUUUAUAAAAGCACAAAAGGUUCAACUACAACACAAAAUUAAACAGGAAGCGGAACAGUUCAGGCAAUGGAAAGCUACCCGUGAGAAGGAACUUCUUCAGUUACGCAAAGAGGGCCGGAGAAAUGAAUAUGAACGCCACAAGCUUCAAGCACUUAAUCAGCGGCAGAAAUUGGUUUUGCAAAGGAAGACUGAAGAGGCUGCUAUGGCUACCAAAAGGCUAAAAGAGAUACUAGAAGCUAGGAAAUCUUCCGCCCGUGACAGUUCUGCUGGCACCAAUGGUACAUCUCCAGGCUCUAACAUGAGUGAGAGAUCGCUGCAAAAAUGGUUUGAUCAAGAGCUUGAAGUUAUGGUGCAUGUGCACGAAGUCCGAAACGAAUACGAAAAACAAAGCCAACUGCGCGCUGCACUUGGUGAGGAGCUUGCCAUUUUGAAACAAGAAGAUAUACGAGCUGGUGGAUCCAGCCCCCAAAGAGGGAAGAACGGAAACACUAGGACAAAUACAUUGUCACCAAAUGCAAGACAAGCUAGGAUAGCAUCACUUGAGAGCAUGGUGACAAUCUCUUCAAAUACUCUUGUUGCAAUGGCUUCUCAACUCUCAGAAGCUGAAGAAAGAGAGCGUGCCUUCUCUGGUCGUAGUCGUUGGAAUCAAUUGCGGUCAAUGGGGGAGGCAAAGAGCUUACUGCAGUAUAUCUUUAAUGUCGCUGCUGAUGCAAGAUGCCAAGUAAGGGAGAAGGAAGUGGAGAUCAAGGAAAUGAAGGAACAAAUGACAGAACUUGUGGGCAUUCUUCGACACAGUGAAUCGCGCAGAAGAGAAAUCGAAAAGCAGCUCAAGCAAAGAGAACAGACAGCUCCAAUGGCCACUACAUCUCCGAAAAGUGGAAAUGGCACGGCGAAGCACUCUGCUGAUGACCCCAACGCACCACUGUCCCCUGUCGCCGUUCCUGCACAGAAGCAGCUCAAGUAUUCUGCUGGAAUUGUGAAUAGCCCCAGCAAAGGGGUUGCUGCGAUAAAAAAAGAGCAAUUUAAGAUGGUUCCUAUUGCACAGUUGUCUGUGGGGAGGAAAGUUUCAAUAGCAGGGCAAUCAGGAAAGCUCUGGAGGUGGAAAAGGAGCCAUCACCAGUGGCUGCUGCAGUUCAAGUGGAAGUGGCAGAAGCCAUGGAAGCUGUCUGAGAUGAUCCGAAACAGUGAUGAAACAAUCACGAGGAUUAGGCCCAGACCUCAACUUCUUCCACAUAAACCUCAUAAGUGAUGUGAAACGGACUUGUUUUUGUCUCCACAUGAACUGACACGGUUUGCAAACCUACACAGCUAACUACCUGCUCAAGGUAACAAUACUCCAUGAGAUCUCCUCCGUGCUUGUUUUUACUGGGCCACGGGAUCGACAAGUAUGUGUUGAUUGGGUGAAUGUUGUCUACGGAUGUAAAUUCGUGCGUACAAAGUGAGACGUCACCGUAGAAAAAAAAAGUAGUUAGUGGGUGAGUGAGCAGAGUGAAUGGGCAUUCUUUCAUGCAAAUACUGAGCACAAUGCUUAAUGUUUCAGCCUUCACUGACGGUGACAUGUCAAUAGUUGGUGUUCGUCUUCAUAAAGGAAUCUGUCAAAGGAAGGCGCCUUGUAAAGUCUUUCUUGUGCUGUUGUGUGAUAGAUUUGUGUGAAGGGUAUCGAGUGAUAGUCCAUUUUCUUCUCUUCUUUUGUUUGUUGGUACUAAAGAUGAGAGAAGUCAAGUGACAUUGAUUUGGUUUGCUAGGAGUAUUGUGAUGUAAUGCAGAGACUUGUUCCCCUAUAUCAAUCCACCCUUUUAAUCUAUAUAUUAUGGACUACGGAUUGCUGACCAAA